UCUUUUGCACUUUGAAAGAAAAACUAAAGAAAAUUAGUUUCUAUUUAAAAAAAGAGAAAAUUAAUGGAUUAUAAGAAAUAGAGGUGCCUUUGUACAAGUGAGAUGAGUCGAGGCCUUUUAAAAAUGGAUUUUCAUCUUGAGGAGAAGGAAACACACAUGGUUCUCAGGUUACUUUAAGCUACGGGUUUACAUUUAGGUGUCAAAGGAUUACAAAAAUAAUAUACAGAGUUCAGAAGUAACUGUGGAUGGAGGGGUCUGGCAGUCCUCGCUUUAGAAAGCUUCAUUUCCCAGUGGGUUUGUGGAUCAAUUCCCCAAGAAAACACUUUGCCAAACUUGGAGGUCGUUGGCCCAGCGCCGUCUCUGUCAAGUCAACAACCAGCUCUGACGCAGUCUCACUCCACGAGGCCCCCUCUGCUCCUUCCUCUUCCCUUUCUAAUUCCACCCCUUCGCUGGCUUCCCCGUCCCCAUCCCCAUCUCCUUCCCCGGCCUUCCUCAGGCCGCGUCCUGCUGGCCCCCAGUCUCGGGCAAAGCGCCUUUCUCACCUCUUCCUGAGGGGGCGCUCCAACAGUGACCGGGACCGGGCAGUGGGAGAGAGGGAGAGAGAGGUAUGGGCUCAUUCAGCAGCCCCCUCUACCCACUACUUGUCCCCUGCUUCUUCCACUGCCCCAGGCUUGAUCAAAAUCUACGGAGAUGCUCUCUCCAGUGGAGCAAACUAUCGGUCCUUGUUGGCCAACAUCCACUCCACAGCCAGACAACUCAUUGCCCAGGUCAUCACUCGCUACACUGAAAGAGAAAGGGAAGAAGCAGAUGAUGCAGUUCUCCAGAAACACAGCCCUGAAGACUUCCUAUUGUGUGAUGUCAUUGGAAAGCCCAUCCAGCAGCCAGAUGGAGCUAUCAAAUGGGAGACAGAGUGCCGGAGAACUGUUGCCCCAUGGGAAUGUCCUUUGUUGUUAGUGGACAUGUGGAGGCCUAAGGAUGGAUUUGAGCGGCGCUUUGAAAUCCAAAGGAAGGAAGACUAUGAGAGAGAGGAAAGAGAAAGAGAGAAGGAGCGUGAGAGGGAGGGGGAGAGCUACCAAGGUGUACGCUGGCGGCGCAACAGGAUGGCAUCAGGAGGAGUGCAAGAAGAGAGUGAGAGUGGUCACCGUGGAAGAAACACGGAACUCCGGAGGAGCAUCAGUGACAUGAACCUGAGUCUGAGGCGUCGCCAGGGCAACCAUGUCAGCAAUGAUCACCGUGGUUCAGGCAACCGACCUAACAACAGUGGAGGGGUGCAGGACAGGAAGAACAUUGUGAGCAUGAUCAACCCACAGCCAGGAGAGAUCAGAGCAUCAAGAGCCGAAGCAAAGGUUGGAUGGACGAACCAGCCAACAGACGACGAGAAGGAUUACUCCACCUGUGACCUGGAAGUGAUGUCACAAAGUCUGAUCCUUCCACCCACGGACAGACCCUACUUCCUGUUGCUGCAGGGUUAUGAUCAGAGCAAGGAUUUUGUUUUGUACAUUAUGACGGGACAUACACAUGUGUUUGGGAGAAAACCCACAAUAAAGGAGAGAGAGAAGGAUAGAGAAAGAGAGAGGAAGGGGAAGAGGCCUCUAAAGGUGGACACAUUUCUAUCUGCCCCUGACCUUUUAGCCAGGCACUUACUGAUCAGGAGAGAUGGUGCUGUUCCAGAGACACCGACUGGACAAGCUCUAAUGCGGCCCUUCAGAGGAGGUGCUGUCACUCACAAUGGAGUGGCCCUUUACAGGGAGGCAGUCUUAAAGCCUGGGGAUGUGAUUGGUCUGGGGGACCACUUCCUUUUCUUGUACCGAGACCCUCGUGUGAGUCCAGCUCCGCCGCUCGCACUGACGCUGCCAUGGCAGGCUGAAGCCUCCACUACCUGCUGCCCUUCAGGACUAGUGGACAGACAGGAAGCACUCAGGCAGUACCUGGGGUCUACAGAGGCAGUUCUGAAAUUCCACCCUCAUCAUGCAGACGCCUUGUUACAGGAGAUAAUUUCCAAAAAUUCCUCUCCAGACUCCAGUGGUGGGCCUUUAGCUCCUGCCUAUCUCCUGUCAAUCAUGAUAGAUCAUGCCUCCAAACAUUUGGACCCUGCUCUCACGCCGCAGAUUUUACUUAAGUCAGCAAAUCUAAUUAAGGAAAUCGUGUGGGAUAACAUUAAGGAAUUUGGGGAUAAGCAUCCCACGCAAAAUUCAACAGAGCAAGAGGGAGAAAUAAGCACACCAAAUGUCCAGAAGCUGUCAUCUGAUCUGCGACCCCUCAUGUUCUGGAUGUCAAACGCCACAGAGCUUCUAAACUUCUUCCAGGUCAAAGUUGAAACCAUGGAGAAAGAGUGGGAAUUUGAAGCUCCUGGGGAUCCAGUGUUGAUUGCUGACAUGGACACCUGUUCAGAAGCUCUGGCACAGCUGGAUGAUGUAAUUAUGCACACCUUCCAGCAGUGUGUGUAUCACCUCACCAAGACCCUGUACUCUCUUCUGCCGGCUCUUCUGGACACUAACCCAUUCUCCAGUGAGGAGAAGGAAAAAGAAAAGGAUGGGACUCAGGGUGCAGAGGGAGAGGAGAAAAGAGAAGGAGAAGUGGAGGAUGUGUCUGCUUUACCUCCCAAGGUUGCUGGACUGGUGGAGGUGUAUCGCUGCUCCCUGAUGCUAUCUCGAGAGGCGUGUCUGUCUCCACCACUCACCUCCCAAACUUUUGGCUACCUCUUCUUCUUCACCAACACUUCCUUGCUCAACACUCUGCUAGAGAGAGAUGGAUUGUUUUCAUGGUCCAGAGCAGUCCAGAUCCGUACAAAUCUAGACCUUGUUCUGGACUGGCUGCAAGGGGCAGGCUUAGGAGACAUAGCCUCUGAGUUUAUGAAGAAACUGUCAGUCACUGUCAAUUUUUUGUGUGUUCCCAAAACACGACUCAUCCAGUCAUCCUGGAACAGUCUGCAGGAAGAGCAUGCAUUGUUAAGUCCUGCCCAGCUGCACCACCUGCUCACCCAUUACAAGCUCGGACCAACCAGAGCUCCACCUGCAUCCUGGGCUCCUCCGCCUGGCACAGAACUGAGUGGAGACAUAUUUGAGAGCUUUCUGGACCACCCUCCUCUUAUCCUGCCAAAUGAGACUCCUCGCCUCGACCUCUCCCAGCCAAUCCCAAGCCCUGAGCUCCAAAAGGAAGUUACACGUCUCCGCACCUUCUUGUGGGGACUCGACCAGGAUGAGCUCCCUGCCAAUCAGAGGACUCGGCUUUGAAGAAGCCCAUAUUUGUCUCUCUAUAGAAGUUUCACAGAAGUUACAAAAACAUAUCAUCAGAAACAGGAAUCUGCAUAGAUGAGAAAUGCAAACUGGACACGUUUUCUGUUAUUUCAUUGCCUGGCUUUUGUUUUUAGUGACAUCUUCAUAUCAUUUAAUUUAGGCCUACUCUUUUUAAAACUUUCAAGUUAAACAUUUGUACUGGCUUUAUUAUGGGAUUUAUUUUAAAGCAGGUAGUAAAAAUCCAUGUCUGUUUGGCCAAGUAGUGUUGCUUUACAUGACUCUUUUACUUGGCUUCCAUGUAUGUUUUCAAACUACUUGUUUUCAAUAAAAUGCUGAA